AUGGCAACAGCACAACCAAGCACGUCAGCUGCGGCUUCGGCUGCGGCUCCGGCCGACGGCAGCGCCUCGCUCCUACCGCCCAUCCCGCAGGCCACGUCCAUCAUCGUCAUCGGAAUGGCAGGCUCCGGCAAGUCGACCUUCACCUCCGCCCUGUCCAGCUACCACGAGACCUCGGCCUCCUCCUCCUCCUCCUCCUCCUCUUCUCCCUCGAGCUCGUCCGCGGCGCCGCCGUACAUGGUCAACCUGGACCCGGCCGUCGGCUCGCUCGGCUACGAGCCCAACGUCGACAUCCGGGACACGGUCGACUACCGCCGCGUCAUGCAGCAGUACAACCUGGGCCCCAACGGCGGCAUCCUCACCGCCCUCAACCUCUUCACCACCAAGUUCGACCAGGUGCUCGGCAUCCUCGAGAAGCGCGCAAACGAGACCGACCACAUCGUCCUCGACACGCCCGGACAGAUUGAAAUCUUUACCUGGUCCGCCAGCGGCAGCAUCGUCACCGACGCCCUCGCCUCGGCCAUGCCCACCGUCGUCGCCUACAUCAUCGAUACCCCGCGCACCACCGCUCCUGCUACCUUUAUGAGCAACAUGCUCUACGCCUGCAGCAUCCUGUACAAGACCAAGCUGCCCUUCAUCCUCGUCUUCAACAAGACCGACGCGCAGCCGCACGACUUUGCGCUCGAAUGGAUGCACGACUUUGAAAAGUUCCAAGAGGCCCUCAAGGCCGGCAACGCCACCGAACCCUCGUUGCUCGCCACCGCGGGUGCUCGCGGCGGCGGGAACGCGGCGGGCGGGCCGACAGAGGAGCAGGGGUACAUGAACAGCCUCAUGAACAGCAUGAGCCUCGUCCUCGAUGAGUUUUACAAGAACCUGCGGACGGUGGGCGUCUCGUCUCUGACGGGCGAUGGCCUGCCAUCCUUCUUCGAGGCGGUCAACGAGGCGCGGCAAGAGUACAUCACCGACUACCGACCGGACCUGGAACGGCUGGCGGCGCAGCGGAAGGAAAAGCGCGAGGGCGAAAAGAGGCGGCAGCUCGAAAAACUCAUGCGCGACAUGCAGGUCGAUUCCAAGAGCGCUGCCCCUCGUCCCGCUGCUCCUUCGACGAGGGAGGAUGGGGAUGGGGAGGAGGAGGAGGAGGGAGGUGUGGUGGAGGAAGAGUACGAGGGAGAUGGACAGAUCAUUGAACCGGAUUCGGACGAGGAAAAGCCCCACUACGACUAUCCCGGCCCCGAGUACGACCGCGGCGACGGAACCGUCUGGCCCCGUCCCGGUUGA